GUGUUCCCAAAGAAGUUGCUCCAGGAGCAGAGCCCCAGACCACCGGUGUUCUCCCCUCCCCCAGGUGCCCAUGACCCCAACAUAGUGGGAGACGGUCCUCCGGAGGAGAACUCGGUCAAAAGCCCUGACGCUGUCCCAGAUAAGAAGAAGGUCAGGGAGACGGACCCCAACGAGGAGAAGGCUCAAGACGCAGAGAGAGGAGGAGGAGGAGGAGGAAGAGGAAGAGGAAGAGGAGGAGGAGGAGGAGGAGGAGGAGGAGAGGAAAGUGUGCUGAGGCCCAGAGACAUGAAUCCCAUCAUCAACUCCACCUCCAGUGCCAACAUGGCCCUCAUCAGCAACGCACUGGCAGCCUACAACUAUGUAUCAGACCACCCAGAGAGGGCAGCGCUCUUCUUCGUCUGCGGCGUGUGUCUGGGCCUCUUCCUCACGCUCUUCGCGCUGGUGGUCCAGAUCUCCUGUCGCACCGACUGCAAGCCCCGCAAGCAGCCCGCCGCCAAGAAGCGGCCCCGUCCCGCCGACACCUCGUCCGACUCCAGCGACUCGGACUCGGACUGGGAGACCACCUCGGACCUGUCGGCGCGGAGACACCGGCGGUUCGAGCGCACGCUCAACAUGAACGUGUUCACGUCGGCGGAGGAGCUGGAGAGGGCGCAGCGGCUCGAGGAGAGGGAGCGCAUCAUCCGGGAGAUCUGGAUGAACGGGCAGCCGGACAUCCCCGGGACACGGAGCCUCAACCGGUAUUACUGAGGCUCUUCAUAGGAAGAUCACAUGACUUGAACGCACUUGGCUCGGAGGCGAGGCCCCCGGACGAGGGCCACACAACUGUGGACUCGCUCGUAAGAAACAGUGGAAGUUACUGCAGACCUGGAAAGAAAGUCCUCCCUCUCCACCGGUUGGCAUAUUCCUCUGGGUGUCAUAAGCUAUACCCCAUUUAGAAAGAGAAUAAGCUCUCUGCAUGGUCAGCUCAGCUCUCGGCCUCUUCUCUCCGAUGAAAGAGAGGGUGAAAGGCUACGCUGCCUCGCCCGUGACCUCCGCAGGCCUUUUUGAAGUGUGGGGGGGGGGAUUUAUGGGGUCGGAUGCCUUCACACUGGCCCACAGAGACUACAUGCUGACUGAAGGACCGGGGCCUCAGAUGGGUCUGUUCUAUACGGACCGUGGAGCAGCUGCAGGAGACACUUGGGGCUUCACGCUCAGAAGAACCCUCCAGUAUUUAAGUGUGGACUUUAACGGAGGAGGCGGGGCUAAGCUGAACGCAGCUUGUAAGACAAUCUCUCCACAGUGGGAAACAAACAAAAACCAUGCUGCCUUUUGAACUUCAAAAAACCAAAAGAUUAAUUUUUUUGGGAGGGUGGGGUAGGGGACUUCAUCUCAACCCUUAUGAAAUAUAUUUUAUGAUAUUUAAUAGUUUAUUGAUGUUGUGUAUUGUUUUGUCCUCAAGUAUGGUUUGUUACGAGCUAUUUUUUUAUACCUGGCGAAGGUUGUCCGGCACCUCAGGGAUGCAAUCCUCGUGUUUCUGUGUUUCUUUGAGUGACGUCUGCGCUUCCUAAGAAGUGGAUCGGCCCGUUUCAGCAGCUGUGUCAGCAUUUAAACACAAAAAAAUUAAAAUUAAAGAUGUCAUAUAAAGAGCCUCCAAGAGGAUGAUUCAGCGAUUUUAACCUUAUUUUUGAUACCCGAUGUUUAAAUAUACACUGCAGUGCCUUCGCUAUACUUUUCAAGAGUGCAGCUCCUGUUAUCACUCGGAAACUGGUCAAAUGAUUUUUAUAGAUUGGAAAGAAAAACACCAAAUUUUAUCUGGUCGUACAUGUAUUCCCGUCUAACUGCCGCUGGAGUGGAGCACGUGUAAAAAGCUGAAUGUCUCAAAUGUCAAAAGUUGCACUUGUCGUCUCAUCAGAUGUAAAAAAUGUCGUAAAUAUGCCAAUUGUUGUUCAAGUGGAUUUGUUUGGAAACUGUCUUUUCUCACAGAUUAUAGUGAAUGUCAGAUGUUGGCCUUCUUCUUCUUCUUCUUCUUCUUCUUCUUCUUCUUCUUCUUCUUCUUCUUCUUCUUCUUCUUCUUCCUCUUCUUCUUCCUCUUCUUCUUCCUCUUCUCAAAGCUACCUGUGCUGCACAGAUGCUCGUGGUGAUCGCCUGCUCACGGCCGUCUGAAGAAGGAACGAGCGCUGCAGCAUCUGCUCCUCGUAAAUCACGUCGCCAGUUAUAUCGUCACAAUAUAAGCUAUUGUCAAUCCAGCUCUGUGUUGUUUUGUGCUGCCCUGGAUUCAAGCAUAGGAAAAGUAAAAAAAUAUAUAGUUUUCAGUUAAGAAAAAGGAAGCUUGGUUGGAGUUUUAACUGAGAGCACACGGGGACAUAUUGGGGUCAUCCAUGUUAAAGACUGCCACUCAUCGUAGGUUAUCUUUUAAUAAAGACAGCUCUUGUGUUGUGACUUUGAAUGGGAUUCAAAUUUGCCAAUAGCUGGUGAAGUGAGACCAAAAUAUGACUCCUGUGCUUGGAAUAAACUGCUCAAAAAAUAACUC